AUGCCUGCCGUCAGGGGAGAUGGUAUGCGAGGACUGGCUGUCUUCAUAUCAGAUAUAAGAAACUGCAAAAGUAAAGAAGCUGAGAUAAAGAGAAUAAACAAAGAGCUAGCAAACAUAAGAAGUAAGUUCAAAGGCGAUAAGACUCUGGAUGGAUACCAGAAAAAGAAGUAUGUAUGUAAGCUUCUUUUUAUAUUUCUACUUGGUCAUGAUAUUGACUUUGGUCACAUGGAAGCAGUUAACUUACUAUCCUCUAACAAAUAUUCAGAAAAGCAAAUAGGCUACUUAUUUAUAUCUGUCUUGGUCAAUACUAAUAGUGAUCUUAUCAAGCUAAUCAUACAGAGUAUUAAAAAUGACCUGCAAUCUCGAAACCCUAUUCACGUCAACCUGGCACUUCAGUGCAUUGCUAAUAUUGGCAGCAAAGAGAUGGCAGAGGCCUUUGGUACUGAGAUUCCCAAAUUACUUGUUUCUGGUGACACUAUGGAUGUAGUGAAACAGUCAGCUGCUCUAUGCCUUCUUAGGCUUUUCCGAAAAUCACCAGAAAUUAUACCAGGAGGUGAAUGGACCUCGAGAAUAAUACACUUGUUAAAUGAUCCUCAUAUGGGUGUAGUAACUGCAGCUACAUCACUUAUUGAUGCUUUAGUUAAGAAAAAUCCUGAAGAGUAUAAAGGGUGUGUCACCCUAGCUGUUGCAAGAUUGAGUAGAAUUGUCACUGCAAGUUAUACCGACUUACAAGAUUAUACAUACUACUUUGUGCCAGCUCCUUGGCUUUCAGUGAAAUUGUUAAGGCUUCUUCAAAAUUAUACACCCCCUUCUGAAGAGCCAGGAGUGAGAGGUAGAUUAUCUGAAUGCUUAGAAACCAUUUUUAAUAAAGCACAGGAACCACCAAAAUCUAAAAAAGUACAACAUUCAAAUGCAAAAAAUGCUGUUCUCUUUGAAGCUAUAAGCUUGAUUAUUCACAAUGAUAGUGAGCCCAACUUACUGGUGCGUGCAUGUAAUCAACUUGGACAGUUUUUGAGUAAUCGUGAGACUAAUCUACGUUACUUAGCUCUUGAAUCAAUGUGCCAUUUGGCUACAUCAGAAUUCUCUCAUGAAGCUGUAAAAAAACAUCAAGAAGUUGUCAUACUUUCAAUGAAAAUGGAAAAAGAUGUGUCAGUUCGCCAACAGGCAGUUGAUUUACUUUAUGCUAUGUGUGAUAAAACAAAUGCUGAAGAAAUUGUUCAAGAAAUGCUUGCCUAUCUUGAAACUGCAGACUAUUCUAUCAGGGAAGAAAUGGUUUUAAAAGUUGCUAUUUUAGCAGAAAAAUAUGCUACAGAUUUUACAUGGUAUGUGGAUGUCAUCUUGAACCUUAUCAGAAUUGCAGGUGAUUAUGUAUCUGAAGAGGUGUGGUACAGAGUUAUACAAAUUGUUAUUAAUAGAGAAGAAGUGCAGGCCUACGCAGCUAAAACUGUUUUUGAAGCUUUGCAAGCACCUACAUGUCAUGAAAAUAUGGUGAAAGUUGGAGGAUAUAUCUUAGGAGAAUUUGGAAAUUUAAUAGCGGGUGAUACCAGAUCAUCUCCACAAGUACAAUUUGAACUUCUUCAUUCAAAGUACCACUUAUGUUCUGCAGCUACUAGAGCUUUACUUUUAUCAACAUAUAUAAAACUUGUGAAUCUUUUCCCAGAAAUAAAAUUAAGAGUCCAGGAAGUAUUUCGUGCUGAUUCUAAUUUGCGUUCUGCGGAUGUAGAAUUACAACAGCGGGCUUCAGAAUACUUACAGUUAAGUAUUGUGGCGAGUUCUGAUGUUUUAGCUACAGUGCUAGAAGAAAUGCCAGCAUUUCCAGAAAGAGAGUCAUCAAUAUUAGCUGUACUGAAAAAGAAAAAGCCUGGUCGUAUUCCUGAUGAUAUUAGAGAGUCCAAGAGCCCUCAACCAGUUGCAACACCAGCUCCAGUUAUUCAUAAUUCUACAAACUCAAAUAGUGUCAGUACAGAUCUUUUGGGAUUAACAACUCCUCCAGGGAGUUCUGCGAACACAGGCAACGGUCUACUGGAUGUUUUAGGAGACCUUUAUACUGCACCAAAAAUUAGUCCUACUACAGUACAACAAAAUAAUAUAAAAAAGUUUUUAUUUAAAAACAAUGGGGUACUAUUUGAAAAUGAUUUAAUUCAAAUCGGAGUCAAAAGUGAAUAUAGACAAAAUCUUGGUAGAAUUGGUUUAUUCUAUGGAAAUAAGACGCAGUUCCCCAUUCAAAAUGUUCACCCAGAAUUGAUUUGGACAGACUUGCACAAACUUAAUGUGCAAAUGAGACCUAUGGAGCCAGUUUUAGAAGCAGGUGCCCAAAUUCAACAGAUGCUUACAGCUGAAUGUAUUGAAGAUUUUGCAGAUUCACCAAUCAUGUCUGUAACUUUCGUUUACAAUAAUGUUCCACAAAAAAUUUCAAUGAAGCUUCCGCUCACUUUGAACAAAUUUUUUGAACCAACUGAAAUGAAUGGCGAAUCAUUUUUUGCACGAUGGAAGAACUUAGGUGGUGAACAACAACGAGCACAAAAGAUAUUCAAGGCACAAGGUUCCAUUGAUUUACAUGCGACUCAUACCAAAUUAGCUGGUUUUGGUAUGCAGAUAUUAGAUGGUAUUGAUCCCAACCCCGACAAUUUUGUGUGUGCUGGGAUUGUCCAUACAAGACUUCAACAAGUUGGUUGCCUGAUGAGAUUAGAACCAAAUAAGCAAGCUCAAAUGUAUAGAUUAACUGUGAGAUCAAGUAAAGAAACAGUUUCUCAAGAAGUUUGUAAUCUGUUGGCAGAUCAGUUCUAA